AUGCGGCAUUGUGCUCUUCAGUUCGCCAUUUUAUCAGUGUCGCAACUACACAGAGUGAAAUGUGCAGAAAAAGCGUGGAAAAGUGGUAAAAAUACAGUUAAAUCCGAAAACAGUGCUUGAAUAAUGACAAUGAAUAUGGAGAGUGUGAUUGCGUUCAAUGCAGAGCUCUCGGGCCUCAUUGAGACGAAGCCACCGAUCUCCAAGGCCAAGAUGGGCUCCAUCACGAGGAGUGCAAUGAAAGCCAUCAAGUUCUACAAGCACGUUGUGCAGAGCGUGGAGAAGUUCAUCCUCAAGUGCAAGCCGGAGUACAAGGUGCCCGGAUUGUACGUGAUUGAUGCCAUCGUGAGGCAGUCGAGGCAUCAAUUUGGCCCGGAGAAGGACGUCUUUGCGCCCCGCUUCGCACUCAACAUGCAGCAGACAUUCGCCAAUCUCUUCAGAUGCACACCGGAAGACAAGAGCAAAAUCAUUCGCGUUCUGAAUCUGUGGCUGAAGAACAGUGUCUUCUCGCCAGAGGUGAUAAAUCCCCUGUUUGACUUCUUCAAUCCCAAUCGACAGCAUCCGCUGGAGGGUCACGCGGCCAGUCAGGGCAUUGGCGUGACGAACGGCAUGACGUCGUCCAGCACACAGAUUGUGUCGGAUUCGCCGCAAGUGGCGGCGGAUGAGCAGAGCCGCAUGUCGGCGGACAUGUCCAGUGCGCACGGGAAUGUGGUGGUGAGUGGCCAGAUGGAGUUGGAUCCCAACAUCAUUCGGCAGCUGCACCACUUCCAGAAGUUGCUGAUUCAGCAGACGGGCAAUGAUUUGGGCGCGGGCAACAGUGGUCAGGAUCAGGUGAAGUUCAACAAGAAGCUGCUGGACUUUGACUAUGGCGAUGAUGAGGAGGAGGAGAAGACAUCGUCACCGAAUGUGACGAGCUCAUCGAGUGUGCUGGAGGGCAACAGUCUGAAUCAAUUGCUGCAGGAUCCGAAUGUGCUGCGACAGCUGCAGAAUCUGCAGAAGCUGAAGCAGCACGAGAUGGAGGAGAAGCAGACGAAGUUGACGGAGAUGCGACUGCAGGAGGAGGCAUUUGAGAAGCAUCUGGUGAAUGUGCUGAAGAAGUUACCCUUUGCCAAUGAGUGUGACCUGAGUCGGCAGCCGGAACAGCCUCUCGUGGCGCCUCAGCAGAUGUACACCAUGCAGCAGCUGCAGCAGGCGCAGAUGCUGCAGCAGCAAAUGGCGGCGGCGGCGGCGGCGGCAGCGGCGCCAGUGCCGGAGAGCAGCGAUCCGGACGUGGAGUUUACAGGUGAGAGUGGGAAGGUGGAGGUGAUCACGCUGGAUGGCAAUGAUUCGGAUCUGUCGACGCCCGAUCGUGGUGAGCAGCAGCGAUACAAGUCCCGGCGACGCAGUCGAUCGCGCUCCAGGGAGCGCACAAGGGAUCGCCGGCGGCGCAGUCGCACGAGAUCACGCUCCAGAUCGCCGCGCACGCGGCGGCGAUCGUCGCGGGAGCGCGCCAGGGAGAGGGAGCGCGAGAAGGAGAAGGAGUACGACCGCGAGAGGCGGCGGAAGGGGCUGCCGGACAUCCGGAAGGAGCAUCUGAGUGUGUGCAGCACGACACUGUGGGUGGGGCAUCUGUCGAAGCUGGUGCAGCAAGAGGAGUUGAGCGACACGUUCGGCCACUAUGGCGAUAUCGUGAGCAUUGACAUGAUUGUGCCGCGCGGAUGCGCCUUCAUAGCGAUGAACAGGCGUCAGGAUGCGUACAAGGCGAUGAACAGUCUGAAGGGACACAAGCUGCAGGGGCGCGCCAUCACGAUCUCCUGGGCCACGGGCAAGGGUGUGAAGAGCAAAGAGUGGAAGGACUACUGGGACCUGGAUCUGGGCGUGAGCUACAUUCCCUGGCCGAAGAUUGAUCACACGACGGAUCUGGUGGCGCUGGAGGAGGGCGGCAUGUUUGACGAAGACACACUGCCGGAGUGGUUGAAGGAGAAGCGCAAGGUGGAGGCGAAGAUUCCGCAGGGAUUGGACACGAGUCAGCCGCCGCCGGGUGCUCUCAUGCCCAUGGUGGCGCCCUUCCAGCUCCCCGGCGCCGCUGGAGCCGCCGCCAGGCUCAUGGCGCCACCCAUGAUGACCAACUUGAUUCCCGGACUGCCACUUGGUGUGCCGCCACCGCAGAUGAUGAUGCCCAUGAUGCAGAUUCCGCAGAUGGACAAGUCUGUGCCGCCGCCAACCAGUGCAACGCCGGACUUUCUGGCUGCACUCAAUUUCCCAAUGCCGCCCAUGCCAAUGGCGGCCGCCGCCGGGCUUCCUGUGCCGGCACAGCCGGAGACGAAGAGUGCCCACGAUGACAUGGAGAUUGAGAAUGAUGAUGACGCCGCGAGUGAUGCGAAGAAGGAGACGACACCGCUCAGUGAGCAACUCCUGGCCAUGAGUAACUUCUUCAAUCGCCCACCGCCGCUGAUGGCACAGCCAGUGUCGCCGUCAAUCGUGCAGAGUUUCACAGCGGAUAAGAAGCCCACGGCGGCGCAGGAGGACUCGCGCGAGGACUCGAGGGAUCGGGAUGUCGCCUUCAGGGGCAGAGGACGCGAUCGCGAGCGCUCAAGUCGUGAUAGGGAGAGGAGAGACUUCGGCCGGAGCGACAGGGGCAGCCGGUGGGGCAGUGGAGAGCGCAACAGAGAGCGUCCGGAGAAGGAAGCGGGCGGCAAGUCGCUGGCGGAUCGUCUGCGCGAGAUGGCUGGUGAGGGAUCGGAGGAGUUCAGCCGGCGCGAUGCACAGUGGCGCCAGCCGCAGCCGCUGAUGUCGCUGUUCGGCGAACAGGCGCGGCGCGGAGGAGCCGACAGAGAGGCGCUGCUGGAGGGACCGAUGCUGAUGCAGGGUGGACCACCGUUCAGGCACCAGGACAUGUUUGACGGGAUGCGCCAUCGAGAGGGUGAGUGA